GAAAUAGAUAAAAUGAAAAUUUGAAAGAGCAAGGUUCCCUCCACAGGGUUUCAAUACGUUAGUGACGUGGCGAUUCAUGAACGUUACAUAGCCGCUUCAAAACCUUCGUUCCAAUUCGAUCCGGCACAUUUUGGUAGCCGUUGAAAACCAGUUCCAUUUCAAAAAAACUCUUCUCUCUCUUUUCACUUGUUGAGGAUCAUGAAGAAGACAACUCGCAGAUCUAAACAAUCGAGUCCAAUCGAUUCCUCACCUUCCGAUGCAAACGAAAAGCAACAUUACGAAGAGAGGAUUCGCGAACUCGAACGAGAGAAUAAAGCGUAUCAGACUGAGAUAGAGGAAUUGAAAAAACAAAAGGGGAAUGAUUCUUCAGCUUCUAAUGAUGGAGUUGAAAAGCUUAAGAAAGAUUAUCUUCAGAAGCUGAACUUACUUGAAGAUCAGGUAUCUGAAUUGAAGAAGAAACUGGGAUCUCAAUCCCAAUUUUCAACUCAUAGGAAAAAAGCAGAUGAAUCAACAAAGCAGUUGCAGUAUGAGAUUCAGAGUUUGAAAGCUCAGAAGGUUCAACUGCAAUGUAAGAUAAAGUUAGAGUCUGUGCGAUUUAGAUUAUGCAAGGCUUUACUUGAAAAGGAAGUUCUUCAGCUUAAGAAGGAGGGAAGAAGGAAUGAAAUAAAGGCUCACAGUUUGCGGACUUCUAACCAGAUGCUUAAAAUGGUAUUGCAACGAAAGACUGAGGAAGCUUCUGCUGCAAUUAAACGUCUAAGAGAUAUGAUAGCAGCACGAAAAGCUAUAUUAAACCGUUCAUCUGGUUCCAAAAAUAAAAAUGGUCAAGUAAUUCAGGAUGCUGAGCAUGAACUUGAAGCCACAACUCAGUUGCACAAGUUAUGUUCUCAAUAUGAAUCCAAUAUCGAAAAGAUGAUUGAAGAGAUUGCACAGCUGAAAGAAGAAGUUGAGAUGCACAGGGAGGAAAGAUCAAGGUCUCAGUCACAGGAAGAAGACCUUAACAGCCCCGAGAAGGAUUUUGAUGAUAUUCAAGAUUUAAAGGAACAAGUAAACAACCUUAGUGGUAUACUUAAAGAAUUACAAUUGCGGAAGGAGAAGCAUGAUUCCAGAGAAAUGAAGCAGCAGGACCUGGAUCUUCUUCUUUCUGAAGAAAGUAACGACAAGAUUAAACUGGAUAUCCCCGGAAUGAGCGGUUCAACUGAAAAUAGUGUUAAGAGAGAAAGAGCACGUGAAGGGCUUUGCUGUUCUUGCAGUAAGAAGUCCUUGUGCAAGACUACAAAGUGCCAAUGCCGAUCCACUGGUGGGAGCUGCGGACCAUCAUGUGGCUGCACAGGUUCUAAGUGCACAAAUAGGGAACCACUGAAAUCAGUGGCAGAAAACGAGUUACCAAAAUCAGAGGAUUCAGAAUGCUCUACGAAUAAAGAUGGAGGCGUGAUUGCUUCUGAAUGUGCCAAACUACUACAGAGUGCACUUGUUGAAAAACCUGCCAGUCGCAGAGACAACCAGGGGCCCAAAAAGAAGCCAUUAUGUGACAUCCAGAACUCACUGGUGGGUAAUAUAGAUGCUCAAAAGCAAGGCCGGAAAAAGAAUACCAGGAAGCCGGUAAUUCAGCUUGUUACCAAGGAUCCAAUGUCCUCAACUCCAGAAAAAUAACUGAAGUAUUAAAACAUACAUUAUUCGAACUCGAAAAAAUAAAUCAAUGAGAUUGAACUAGGUGAUGAAACCAGCUAGGAAAGAGUGCUUCUGGCGACUGCCAUUAGAAAAGCAGCUGAUUUUCGUCAUUUAAGAAGAUCAACAGGAAGAUAACUGUUUGAUUAACUUCUCGUUUUCACACCCAGUCUUCUGUUCUGGGGACAAACAAAGAACAGGAAUCAUUUAAUUUGUUAUUACUGGUUUUUGAAAAUUCAUACUGAUGCUGAAUUGUUGAGUUUGAUUUACAUUGUUAAUUUGGAUCUCUUGUUUAGUAUCAUGAGAGUUGUUUCAAAAUCAGAUUGUCAUAAAAUAGAAUUUUAUAAUUUCUACAUAA